GGCUCUUCCGGUUAGCUUUCCCAAGUUUUCCUUUCUUCACUGAUCGAACCUUUCUCUGCCUUCGAUUCGAUUCUCGACGCAUUCUCGUUGUUCUCUGCAACUCUGUCUUUCUCACAGACCGACUGCUCUUCUCCUUCUCUAAGGCAAAUAUCUUGUGAGAAUGAAGGUUGCGAAAGGAAAGGGGGCAGCAAGGACCCCCAAGGAAGCUUUGAAACCUGUAGAUGAUCGAAAGGUUGGAAAGAGAAAGGCAGCUGAUAAGAGCAGCAAAGGUCAAACUGGAAAGGACAAACGGGCCAAGAAAGACCCUAACAAACCAAAGAGGCCUGCUAGUGCAUUCUUUGUUUUCCUUGAGGAAUUUAGAACCACUUUCAAGAAAGAAAAUCCAAAUGUGAAGGCUGUCUCAGCGGUUGGAAAAGCAGGAGGACAAAAGUGGAAGUCCAUGACUAAGGCUGAAAAAGCUCCAUAUGAAGCCAAAGCCGCAAAAAGGAAGGUGGAUUAUGAAAAGCUUAUGAACGCGUAUAACAACCAGGAUGAUGGUGAUGAAGAGUCAGAUAAGUCAAAAUCUGAAGUAAACGACGAGGAUGAGGCCAGUGCUGAGGAAGAAAAACAGCAGCAGGAGGAUGACGAGGAAGAUGAUGAGGAGCAGGAAGAAGAAGAAGAUGACGACUCCGACUACUAAAAUCAGAUGGAUUUGGCCUAUGCAUGUGGCUGAUAUAAGACAAUGAUCCUUCAUUCUGUAUGUUCAUAUGUAUAGGUUAUAAAGGGUAAUGCUUCUUGGACCGGGGUAACAUACCCUUGUCCUGCUAUGAUGAUAAUAGCUGCUGGGAUGGACGUCCCCUACUCCCCUCUAUUUUGUAUUAUUCUGUAUGCUUUGUAUGCGACUUGUGAUAAUGUAAUUUGCUAUCCCGAAAACUUUUAUUUGCGUGCUAGAAUGAGAGUAGUCUUGGUAUUAAGA